GUUGACGCAUAGGUAUAUCGCAUAACCUAUAAUUUUAAUGUCAAAGAAGUUGUGAUGAUAUCAUGAAAUAAUUAAAUUUUUCGUGAUAAUGCUUGUGUAAGUUAGUUAAAAUGACCGUAAUGGAAGGGUCUUUAAGCAAGUGGACAAAUGUUAUGAAAGGAUGGCAGUAUCGUUGGUUUGUGCUAGACGAAAGUUCCGGGAUUCUCUCCUAUUACACAUCAAAAGAGAAGAUGAUGAGAGGUGUCCGAAGAGGAUGUGUACGUUUGAAAGGAGCUGUUAUUGGAAUAGAUGAUGAAGAUGAUAGUACAUUUACAAUUACGGUUGAUCAUAAAACAUUUCAUUUCCAAGCUAGAGAUGCUGAAGAACGUGAAAAAUGGGUUAGAGCACUGGAGGACACAAUCUACAGGCAUGCUCACAGAACAAAAUGGGAUACCAUGAGGCCUCCUCCAACAGUCAAAGACUUUGAUAAUAAAGUUUCAGAAGCCGAUGCAUAUCUUCAACUUAUGAUUGACCAAACUAAAAAAUUAGAAGAAAAAAUAAACAGUAUGAAUGAUCCUGAAGAAAAAACAAAAUGUGAAGUAAUAUUAACUCAUGCUAAUAGCAUGUUGCAUAACAUUAAACAUUCCAUUGUUCUGUUACAAAUUGCUAAGGUCAGUAUUAUAUAUAUUCAUUUUAUUCUAGAGAAGUUUGUAUAUUACAUAAAAGUGUCUACCACAAACAUAUCAAAUGUCUCAGACAUAGUCACUUUUGCUGGCGAUUCUGUUGUUCAACACGGAAUUGAGUUAGGCUCAGAAUGUAUUGAAAAUGCCAGAAGAAUUAGCAGAACACUUGCAGCUUCCAAUGCGGACUCUUUGGUGGUUCCAGAAACGUCGUAUUCAAGUUCAGAAGGAGAAGACGAUUUUUUCGAUGCCAAUGACGUGCCAUUCAGUAAUUAUUCAAGUCAACUUUCUUCAUCAAGUGGAAUUCAUCCGCUUGGCGAUACUACGUCCGAUUUCAGUACGACCACAACGACAGCAGCAGCUGCUCCUGGGGGAAAUACCGCAACCAGAAUCAGAAUAUCAACGAGGCAACUACAUAAUAAUUCCGUCGAUAAUCAGGAGUGUUCUGGUUCUCCCAAUGGGAACUCAGGAUCGAUAGAUUAUGACGCUUUAUACGAAGACGAAGAAGAAGAUGAUGUCGAAAUUGAGUCCCAUGGUUCUGUCAUAAAACAUUUACUAUCGCAAGUCAAAAUUGGAAUGGAUUUGACAAAGGUUGUUCUGCCGACGUUCAUUCUAGAACGACGGUCACUUUUAGAAAUGUACGCCGAUUAUUUCGCGCACCCUGAUUUAUUUGUUAGGAUAGCAGAUCUUAGAGAUCCUAAAGAUAGAAUGAUUCAGGUGGUAAAAUGGUAUUUGUCAUCAUACCAUGCCGGCAGGAAGAGUUCCGUGGCCAAGAAACCAUACAAUCCCAUUUUGGGUGAAGUCUUUCGAUGUUACUGGGAUCUGCCAUCCAUAUCUGAGGAUAGCUGUAACCGUGUUCCAGAUGGACCCAUACCAUGGGCUAAUCAAAACGAAUUAACAUUCGUUGCCGAACAAGUAUCCCAUCACCCUCCAAUUUCAGCCUUCUAUGCUGAACAUUACCAGAAAAAAAUUAGUUUCAAUGCCCAUAUUUAUACCAAAUCGAAAUUUCUUGGGCUUUCCGUGUGCGUAUAUAAUAUUGGUGAAGGGGUAAUAUCGCUUUUGGAAUACGACGAAGAAUAUACAGUCACAUUUCCAAAUGGGUAUGGUAGAUCGAUUUUAACAGUACCGUGGAUAGAACUCGGGGGUAAUGUAACAAUAAAGUGCCCCAAGACCGGAUAUCAAUGCAAUAUUGAUUUUUUAACCAAACCUUUUUAUGGUAACAAGAAACACAAAGUCAACGCUGAAGUAGCUGGGCCUGAUUGUAAAGUAUUCUUGACGAUAUCUGGUGAAUGGAAUGGACUUAUGGAAGCCAAGUGGGUAGAUAAGGAUAAAACUGAGGUAUUUAUAGACGUCAAUAAAUUAUCAACAAUAAAGAAAAGGGUAAGACCUAUUGCGGAGCAAGAAGAAAACGAAUCAAGAAAAUUAUGGAAAGAGGUAACACGGGGAUUAAAGUACAACGAAAUUGAUAAAGCUUCCCAUGCCAAAGAAGAAAUAGAAAAUAGACAACGGGCACAGGCAAAAGAAAGGACUCAGACUAACGCAGAAUGGCAAACAAAACUGUUCCAUAAGGAAACGGAAGAACGGUGGAAAUACAAUUCUCCAUUAAAAGAACGUCUAAAAUCGUCGAAAGUAUAAAAAUUACAGAUAGGUUGUAACGAUUUUGUAAGGUCAGUUACCUGUAAAUUUUCCACCUAACUAUUAAUUUGUCAUUAACAAUUCACUGUGAUAUGGUUGCGGAGCGUAAGUGGAAGUUUACGUGCAUUCAAAAAAGUAUUGUUAUUCAUUUAUCAUUAAUUGCUUUCUUCCAUCAUUAUUAUGAAUAAUAGAAUAUCUUUUUAACCAGUUAACAAAAUUAGGUGGUAUGCAUAUACAAUACAAAAAUAAUUAAUAAUAAUUAUUGUUGUAUAUUGGCGGUUCCUUUCUAUCUAAAACAUUUUUUUGUAUAUAAGUGUAUUUAUCUUCAAAAUAUGCUUAAGAAAAGGUUCAAUUUAGUUAUUUUAUUUUCUUACAUAGGCGUUGAUAUUUUAACAUAAAACAAAAUUAUGCCCGUUAUAUAAGAAAAAUUAACAUCUCUUCAUAUAUACAAUAUUUACCUAUGUACAAUUCAGAAUAGCUUUAGAUUUGUAUUUUUCGUCCAAUAAACGAAAAUUUUAAAAUUUUUAGAAGUCGUUCUUUCAAAAACAACUUUUUCGUCUUCCAGUCGCCUUGAAAAGUUUUAAAAAUUACUAAUUUGUUUCUGUAUUAACCGAAGCAAAAAAACAUCAAAUUUAUUUUUGUCUUGAUUUCCUUUUCGUUUAUGUUUUCAAUACCAUAAUAAUUGUAAUGGUAUCAGAAAUAACAUUGAAAAUAUUAUUUCUUUAUCAUUUUAGAGGCUAUUUUAUUUAUAUUUAUCAGUUAUUUCAGUUAUCGAUAGUAAAGUAAAAAGGACUAGGGUAGAUAAGGGUAUCAAAAUGGUUCAUACCAGUGGAUUUCAGUUUUUUAAAAAUGUUAUUGGCUUUUUUAAUGUUCUUUAUGCUUAUUCUAAUAAUAUGAAAUUCAUAACAUUUAAGAUCACUUCAACAGUUACACAUAACUAUUUUUCCGGUCAAACUUGACUAUUUUCAUCAUUUCUUUUGUAUUUUCCCAUUAUAUAUGUAUUUCAUAUUUAACGAGUGAAAGUACCAAAUACAUCCUGAAGUGUUUUUCUUUGAUGCAUAAAAACGUAAAAUCUAAAAAAACAAAAAUAAUAAGUAUGUCGAUAAUGAGAAAAUUAUUGAAAUAAGUACAAGGAACAAUUAAAAAAAUACAAAAUUUUUUACUUACGAAAAAUUUACUGUUAUGGGAGCCAUUUUCGUACUCUAAUCGGCUCUAAUUCUCUAUUGUUUUAAAAACUAUGUGAUCUAGUGCCAUAAUAUUUUCCGACCCUUUCUAUUAAUAAAACUGUAAUUUAUGAUAUUAAAUAAAUUUUUUUCUCAAAAUAGGUAAAUAUUUUUUGCACGUUCAAAUAUUAAUUUACUUAAAAAAAUAAUGAAUAUUAAGUGUAAUAUACGACUUGUUAAUAAUUUAAAGAAGAGUAUGUUUCGUUUUACCCCAAAUUGAAGUGAUAGUAGUUACCAUCCACUAAAACUAUUUUUCGAAAAAGAUGGUCACAAUACAUGGUAGGCUGUGUAGAAUUUUUUUGCAAUUUCCUCACAAGAACUCGAAAACAUGUUAAAAAUACAAACUGUAUUGGUACUCUUUAACAAUAAAAUUCUAAAUAUUUUUAA